GACCUCAACCUUGAAGGCCUAGUUUGUUAGUACUUCAACAUACAUCUUUUUGACAACGAAAGUCGUGAAUUUUAGAGAAAAAAUAUUCAGUAAAAAUGGGAGAAGGCGAUGUUGAAAUGCAGGAUGUUACUCCCUCAACGUCAGGAAAUUCUUUAAAAACCGAGAAAAAGCGCUUCGAAGUCAAGAAGUGGAAUGCUGUUGCGCUGUGGGCAUGGGAUAUUGUUGUAGACAAUUGUGCUAUCUGUAGAAAUCAUAUAAUGGAUCUAUGUAUUGAAUGUCAGGCUAACCAGGCAUCUGCAACAAGUGAAGAGUGUACGGUUGCUUGGGGUGUUUGCAAUCAUGCUUUUCACUUUCAUUGCAUAUCUCGAUGGCUUAAAACCCGCCAAGUCUGCCCAUUAGACAAUAGAGAAUGGGAGCUACAAAAGUAUGGGAGAUAGUGUCACAUACAGUGAUUUUUUUCUCUGUGUACUAACAUUGGUGCAGCAUUGGUGUACCUAUGUUUACAGCUUUGUUUACACAAUGAAUACUUUGGAUAAAAGAUAAAUCCUGAAGUGACAGCACAGAGAGCGUUUUGAAGAUAUAUGUCAUGUACAAUGAGUUGGUUAAUGUACUCUAUUUUUUAGUUAAGGUAUUGACCAUUAAUGUUGCUUAAAACUUGUUAAAGUUUUUCUCAUUUCAUUUUAGUUCAUUUACUUUGCAAAAUUCAUCAUUAUGAGAUACUAAUUUCUGUCAAUAUUUAUAAAGAUAUACAAAUAAA